AUGGAUACUGUUCAUAUGCUAUCAGUGAACGACUCUGACAAUACAAAAUGUUCUCUACAUUUGGGAAACUCGCUAAAAUGUUUCUGUAGAAGUUGUUGUCUGCCCCUGUGUGAUAAAUGUGUGAUAGACGGAGGCCAUGUUGCCCAUGAAAGAAGUGAACUAGAGGCAGUCUUAGAAUUCUUCAAGGGAGCAAUAUCAAAUGAAAACAGAGAAUUAAUCAAUUACAUAAAACCAUUUUACCAAAAGGUUUUGAACACCACAGAAGAACAGUUAAGAGAAUUAACGCAUAUCUACGAAAAGGUGAAACAUGCUGUUCAAAAUUUUGGAGAAAAUUUGCGCAGGGAAAUUGAUAUUGCUGUAAAAAAUUUGCGUACUUUCCUGGACGAGAAAGAAAUGAAAGAUAAGAAAGACUUACAAAAUCAAAAGGAAAAUUACUCAGAAAAAUUGAAUAAAAUAGCUGAAACUAUUUCGCAAAAUGAAAAGUUACUUGGCUCUAAAAAUGCUGAAGAAGUACUGAAUUUUAGAUCUAGCGUUGCAUACUUUCAUUCGUAUCCUAGUCAAGUGAAACUGGAUUUUCCCUGCUUCAUACCAAAUAUGAAGAAUCCAGAAAUUAAAGAAAAAAUUUUGGCACUUUUGGGGAAAAUUUUGUGCACUUCUGAUAAAAGCGUUACCCCUGAUCUAAAAAUCGACAACACUCAAAGGAUGAAAUUGCAACUGCUGGAGCAGCCAGGUGUUUUAAAAGUCCUUAAAACUAGAUUUUACCCCGAUUCCCUAGAUCAUAAAUUAUACACUUUGUCUUGUAUAAACUCAGAAACAGUUCUAGUCGGUGGCAACGACUAUGUGCUUUUGGAAAGAACACUAUACUACAAUGAUUCACGGCAUUCUCAACCCGUUGAAAUCACUUAUAAAGGAUUUUAUUUUGCCUUGUCUUCCGAUGGUGUGAUAUUUUACUCAGAUAAAGAAGACAAGUCUGUGAAAACAAUAAAAAAUCGUAUAUCUAAUAAAAUUUCCACGUUCCUGAAAUUUGAUUCAUGGAUACCAAGAGGUUUAACCAUGACCCCCUAUGACCACCUACUCAUUUGCCUGUAUAGAAGAAAGCAGUCCAAGGUGGCACAGUAUACUCAAGCUGGAAAAAUUGUACAGGAAAUCCAAUACAGCAAUCAAAAACUUUUAUAUGAGCAUCCCAUGUUUAUCUGUUGCAACAAAAAUGGUGACAUUUGCACAGCGGACUAUGAGAAACGAGAAGUUAUUGUUGUGGAUCAGUUUGGCGUCUUUCAGUUUUCUUAUGAUGGCAACACACUAACAGGAAAUGUAAAUACCUUUACUCCAAGCAAUAUGGCUACAGAUCAUCUGUGCAAUAUUGCAAUCACCGAUUUCGAAAACCACAAGAUCCAUCUUUUGGAUAAAUACGGACAAUUUCUUCGAUUUCUAAAUCCAGAUGUGGGAAUCAGCCAUCCUAGAGCUAUUGCCAUUGACAAGGAUGGGAAAAUGUGGCUUGGGGAGGGGAAAAGCGGAAAAAUUAAAGUCCUACAUUAUUUGAAAUAA